UCGCCGGAAGUGACGCAAACCGGAAGCAGCUUUCCACAGAGGACUGGGGGCGCGGUUUUGGAAAUUGGGCCUCGAGAUUGAGUGAGACCGAGCCAGUGCCGGCGUGGUUUCCAGGCCCCUGUCCAGUUCACAGCGGGUUGGAUCGGCACGCCUAUUGUUUUGUUUUUCGCUGCAGCGUGAAUGUCGUUGUCUCCCAGUGACUUCCGGGAGCGUCCCUACAGGAGGACCGAGGACCGGGUGUGGAGCGAGGAAGCCGCGCCCAAGUGGCUGCGCUGAGGCCGCCUGGAUGAGCCUCCGCGUUUCCGAGUUGAGCUCGCCUGAGCGGCGCGAGUUUCCUGGGCAUCCCGUGGUCCCCGCACCGUGUGGGCGGUUGUUGAUUGUCAGGACGCUCCCUGUAAUUCGGAAAGAGAAAACCCACCGUUUUCCAGCAUUUCCCUUGGAGGAGAACUAGGCAAUAGGAAAAAUGUCUAUUUUCCCUAAAAUAUCUUUGAGACUUGAGGUUGAAAAUUAUCUUAAGGCGGGCUUUAUGAAUAAGGAGAUUGUGUCUGCUUUAGGUAAACAAGAAGCAGAAAGGAAGUUUGAAACUCUGUUAAAUCACUUGUCACACCCUCCAUCAUUCACAACUGUCAGAGUAAAUACACAUCUAGCUUCAGUACAACAUGUGAAGAAUCUGUUAUUUGAUGAACUUCAGAAGCAGUUUAAUGGAUUAAGUGUUCCUAUUCUUCAACAUCCAGACCUUCAGGAUGUCUUACUUAUUCCUGUUAUUGGACCUAGGAAGAAUAUAAAAAAACAACAGUGUGAAGCCGUUGUUGGAGCCCAGUGUGGCAAUGCAGUGUUAAGAGGAGCCCAUGUCUAUGUUCCAGGAAUUGUGUCAGCUUCAAAAUUUGUGAAAGCUGGAGAUAUUAUUUCUGUAUACUCUGAUAUUAAAGGCAAAUGUAAGAAAGGAGCCAAAGAAUUUGAUGGAACAAAAGUAUUUCUUGGAAAUGGGAUUUCUGAAUUAAGCCGCAAAGAAAUCUUCAACGGGCUACGUGAACUGAAAGGUAUAGGCGUAAGAAUGACAGAACCAGUAUAUCUCAGCCCUUCAUUUGACAACGUACUGUCCAGCUACAUAUUUUUACAGAAUUUGCCAUCUGCUGUAGUAACUCAUGUUCUGGAUCCUCAGCCUGGAGAGAGGAUUCUAGAUUUGUGUGCAGCACCUGGAGGCAAGACAACACACAUUGCUGCAUUAAUGCAUGAUCAGGGAGAAGUUAUUGCACUGGAUAAAAUAUCUAACAAAGUAGAAAAAAUAAAGCAGAAUGCUUUAUUGUUAGGGUUGAAUUCCAUUAGGGCAUUUUGCUUUGAUGGAACAAAGGCGCUUAAACUCGAUACGGUUAAGGACGCAGAAGGAGAACCUCCAUUCUUACCAGAAUCCUUUGACCGAAUUCUUCUUGAUGCACCCUGCAGUGGAAUGGGACAGAGACCAAACAUGGCUUGUUCUUGGACUUUGAAGGAAGUGACAUCAUAUCAACCUUUACAGCGAAAACUCUUUACUGUGGCAGUGAAGCUGCUGAAGCCGGGGGGUGUGCUGGUUUAUAGUACAUGCACCAUCACACUGGCAGAAAAUGAAGAACAGGUUGCCUGGGCCCUCACAGCGUUUCCUGACCUUCAGCUUCAGCCACAGGAGCCACAGAUUGGAGGAGAAGGAAUGAUGGGCGCUGGCCUAUCAUUUGAACAGUUGAAACAGCUGCAGCGAUUUGAUCCAUCUGUUGUGCCGCUACAGGACACUGACACGGAAUCUCUCAGAGAUGCCAGAAUAGAAGACAUGAUUUGGCUGGCAAAUAAGGAUUGUAUAGGUUUUUUUAUUGCAAAAUUUGUAAAAUGUAAAAGCACGCAGGAGAAGGAUCCUUAGAAAUGAAAAUUCCAAACUUUUGCUGUGUGGUCCUUUUUUUUGGAAACCAAACUGUUGUCAGGCCAAGUGAUUGAUGGCAUGAUUGCUAAGGAAACAGAAAGGCUGCCAGCUGUUUCCCCAGGGAUCACGAGACUUGACCAAGAGGACUGCACUUCAUAGAGGAAAUAGGGUGGUGGUAUGAAAUUAUAUUUCGUGUUUUUAAUUUUUUUGUGGAUUUAUCAGAGUAUAAAGAAAAGGAGAUGCCUAUAGAUGUUUGGAACAUUUUAUUUUCAUUUGGGGGUCUUGUGUUUUAAUUUGUAAAGAAUACAAGUCAUUUUUAAUGUUAAAAUCGGCAAAUCUAACAAAAGGAACAAAAUUAGCAAUGUUUAAUUUG